ACUACAGACAGUAUUUGUUCACAACUGAGAUACUUCCUCAUCGGAUUGUGGUGCCCGUAGUUGGACAACCGUUCCAUACCGUAGUAAAGGGAUAUAGCCACCGAUAUUUUGGAUAUUUGGUGUUUUAUCACCAAGGGAUUGAUUGCGACUCAUCACAAUGAUGGAGAUCGAGUUGCCAAAAAUGCACCAGAGUCAACAGGAUAUGGAUCUGAUCGACAUCCUGUGGAGGCAGGACAUUGACCUGGGCGCGGGGCGGGAGGUCUUCGACUACAGCCACCGGCAGAAGGAGCACGAGUUGCAGAGGCAGCGCGAGCUGGAGGAGGAGAAAAGGCAACAGUUGCUAAGGGAGCAGGAGAAGGCUCUUCUGGCUCAGCUGCAGCUCGACGAGGAGACCGGGGAGUUCGUGCCACGCCCAGCCGUGAGCGCAGACCCGCUAACCUCCGCCACACCCCCUGAGGUCACACAGGUUGGUCUCUUCACAGAAGAAGAAGGGAACGCGCUCUCGUUUGACGAAUGCAUGCAGCUGCUGGCAGAAACCUUCCCGCUGGUUGAUGCGAUCGAGGCCACGGCUCCGUCUACAGACCCCUCCAUCUCGCCUCCUGCCAUGAUGGCCCCCCACCAGCCAGCACUCCCCCCUGCCGCGCCCAAGACCUCGCAGGAUAUGGAGCAGGCUUGGAUGGAGCUCCUCUCCAUUCCUGAGUUACAGCAGUGCCUGAAUAUGCAGAUGACGGAUGUGCUGGAGCCCACCUUUAACGCUGCAAGUGCUCCCACCGAGAUGCAAGAUCCAAACUACAACUUCUACAUGCCGGCCCUCACCGACAUGGUGACCACCACUGCAGACCCGGUCUGCCCCUCAGGCUAUCUCGGCACCUUCGAAGGGACCCUCUCCAACGCCAUCCCCCCAGACAACCUCAAUCAGAUGACUCUGAAACCCUUAGACCUAAACGCCAGCUUUAACGCAGACGGCUUCUGCGACAUGUUUUACCCAGGACUUGUGAACACAAAAGUGGAUGGCAACGCCCUGCCAGCCAGCAGCGGCAGCACGGAUCUCCCGCUGACCGAGCUGCAGAACGCCCCCCCGCUGAAUACAAUGGACAUUCCCAAGUUUGCCCUGGGAGAGGGGUUUGAGAGCAGGAAGCCCGAGGUUAUGGGCGAGUUUCCCGAUUCGGAUUCGGGCCUGUCGUUGGACGCAAGCCCCAACGCCAGCUCUCCCGAAAAGUCUGUUUCGGGAGACGGGUCUUUCGGGUACAGCGACUCGGAAAUGGAGGAGAUGGAUAGCAACCCCGGCAGCGUGGACGCGGAGUCCGACUUCGCCGAGAUGUUCUCGCCGUCCUUCCUCGGCGACGGCCAUCAAGCACCCUCCUCCGUUGGCGCCCCGUGUCAGGAAUCAAAGGUCAAGCAUCCGAAGACCGAGCCAGCCGAGUGUGGUGGCCACGCCAAGCCCCCCUUCACGAAGGACAAGCACAAGAAGCGCUCAGAGACCCGCCUCUCGCGAGACGAGCAGCGGGCCAAAGCCCUCCAGAUCCCCUUCACCGUCGACAUGAUCAUCAACCUCCCCGUGGACGACUUCAACGAGAUGAUGUCGAAGCAACAGCUGAACGAGGCCCAGCUGGCCCUGGUGCGCGACAUACGCCGGCGGGGCAAGAACAAGGUGGCAGCCCAGAACUGCCGCAAGCGCAAGAUGGAGAACAUCGUGGGCCUGGAGUAUGAGCUGGACUCGCUGAAGGAGGAGAGGGAGCGUCUUCUGAAGGAGCGGACGGAAACCGGGAGCAGCCUGCGGGAGAUGAAGCAGCAGCUCAACAGCCUGUACCUGGAGGUGUUCGGCCUUCUGCGGGAUGAGGACGGCAAGCCCUACUCCCCCAGUGAGUACUCCCUCCAGCAGACCUCCGACGGCAGCGUCUUUCUGGUCCCCCGCGUGAAAAAGACACUGAUCAAGAGCGACGGCAACUAGCACUUCUUCGCUUCACUUUAUUUUGUACCGCGUUACCAUUUAAAAACAAAAACAAAAAAAGUUCUAUGCAAACAAAAAUCCUUUGUAGCAGGAAGAUUGCUUCAGCAUUAGCCUAACAGCAGAACUAUCAUAUAGUUUUUGCACUCUACUUUAGUAUUCCAAUGUCUUAAUAUUUUUAAUAUUUUAGACUGUGUUCUUUUGUACUGCUAUAUAUUUUUCCCAAGAUUCCUUUCUGGAUAUGGUUUGUAAAUACAUUUCUACCUUAUUUGCUAUUGAAAUAUGACAAUUUACUGUAUAUACCACAUUUGUAGUGUGCUCAUAGUUUUUUGUUGCAAAUCACGGUGUUGUUUCAAAAAGUCCGUUUUAUAAUUGAUUUAUGUUUUGAUUUAAUGGUCAGUUUCUGUUUUGAUUUACUUCUUGUGCUUUAUAUAAAAAUAAAGUGUUCAUGUAGCCCUAA